GGCCCAAAAUCAUCCACUUGGCCCAAAAUUGCUUUUGUGAGUGCUAAGCCGGUUGCUCCCUGUUCUCCUUCCAACAGCUCGCACAGGUGUCAACGCCUAUGCAGUUCUCUAAUCUGACGUUUUCAGAACGUGAAGUUAUUCAAAGAAUUUGCCGUCACUGACAAAACAUCAAUCUUUCCCUUUAUAACGAAGCAAAAUCGACAACGAUAAAAUUCAAAUUACCGAGAUUGCCCUCUCUUUCCUUCACUGUUGACUCUAUAUAAUGGAGGAGUUUUGCUUGACAAUGUAGCUUGGAAUUCAAGGUCUAUGUCCUAGAGCUUCAAUUGCAGCAUCAAUAUGGCGAGACCCAGCGAGAACUUUGAAACCUUCUUCAAUGGCUGGCUCGAUCGCCUACAAGCUCUGUCAGAGCAACUUCGCAUUGCAAUUGAAGCAGAAAAUGCACAAAGAACAGAGUACCGUAAGUACUUGAUCGACCAGGUUUUGUCUCACUAUAAGCUUUAUUACCAGGUGAAAGUGAAUGCCGCCAGAGAAGACCCGUUCCUCUUUUUGAAUCCUCCUUGGCUUAGCUCUUUCGAGCGAACUCUGCUUUGGCUCGGCGAUUUCAAUCCAUCCGUUAUUUUCAAGCUAAUUGACCGCUCCGUUACGGAUUUGACGCCUGAACAGAUUGAAAGAAUAAAGGAGGUGAAAUUGGCGAUAAGGAGAGAAGAAAGAGUAUUGUCAGACACAAUGGCAAGCAUUCAAGAGAGUCUGGCGUCUCCGCCUAUUUUAAACUUGGCGAGGCGAUUUGGACGAUCUGGACGGCUGAUUGACGGGGAAGUAUCAGAGAUUGAGGUAGCUGAGGACAUGCUAAAAACGCAGGUGCAUAAUGUCUUGGAAAGCGCCGAUGCACUUCGUGGAUUAACGGUGGCGAAAGUGCUGGAGAUUUUGAGUCCAGUUCAAAGUGUUACGUUCAUGAUAGCGGCGGCUGAUUUCCAGUUAAGAAUGAGGAGAUUGGGCCAGCAGACGGAUGCGCUUCGAGUUGCCUCGAAUGAUUGAAAAUGCAGGAAGGUUACGCAAUUGAGAAAUUUUAAAUUUAAGAGCAAAUUUACUGUAUUUUGAAGAAUUCAGUUUCUCAGAAAAUGAAUUAUGAAAAAGAAAAGGAAGUCCAGAACUCAUCCUCUAGUAGAAAAUUUCAAUUCUGUGAAAACUCCAUUGCCUAUUGGAUAUAGUUAGCUAUCCAAUGGGCUUAUAGAGCCCAAAUAUUGUAUUGUCCAAUUUGUAGCCCAAAUUCAGUCCAUUGGAUAUGGAAAUGUAAGCCGUGGGCAUGGCCCGAGGUUCGUUUUGUUACAUGGUGAAACAGAAUUUGACUAGGAUAAUAAGAAGAAAAUAGACAGAAAGUUCUUGGCAUUUACCAACAGGGGAUUCUUACUUUAUAAUUA